AUGAGAACCCACGAGACCAGCGAAACCACUAUCCCUGAGCUCUGCCAACUGAUCAAUUCAAUAAUUGAAACGCUCCCACCACUCGGUGAGCCACAUCAAACCGGGGACACGUCGCUAAUGGAUGGUCCAGACCCGACGGAGGCUGGAACCAAAAGGUUAACCGAACCACUCUUCUUGAAAAAGAUAUUACUUGAGAACUCUGGUGAUCAUACCAAUGAGCUAACUACCUUAGCUUUGUCUGUCCACGCCGUAAUGUUGGAAUCUGGAUUUGUUUGGUUCAACCCUAACUCCUCUGAUAAUAAGUUUAGCUUUUCGAAAGAGUUACUUUCUGUAACCCUAAAGUAUACCUUACCUAAGUUAGUUGAGUUUGUUACCGUUACGUUUCAGAGCUUAAGUCAUGAUAAGGUUGUAGUUUACGGGUCUUUUAAUGGGAAUGUACGAAGGGUUUAUCUAGAUAAAACUAGGGUUUUUGAUAUUCUGAAACUUGACGAAGAAGUUAUCUACAAGGAGGUGUUCAUGUUUUGGAGAAUGGUGAAAGAGGGUCUUGUUACCCCGUUGUUGAUUUCUCUUUGCGAUAAGUCAGGCUUGGAACUUCCACCAUGUUUUAUGUUUCUACCAACAGAGCUUAAGCGGAAGAUAGUGAAGUCCCUUACGGGUGCGAGUCUCGCGAAGAUGGCUUGCGUUUGUAGAGAGACUCGGCGUAUGGCGUCAAGCAAUGCGUUGUGGAAACAGAAAAUAUGGGAGGAAGCUAGGCAUCUUGUUACUGUGGAUGGAGGCAGGGGCUCGGUUAAUUGGAAGUCGAAGUUUGCUUGUUUUUGGAUACGUUACCAACAAAAACUGUCACCUGUAAUACAACAACACGUACCAGACACCUUUGAGAGCAUUGUCAUGAGUAUACGUCGCAAUCGUUUGCCUCGUGACCCUGACUCUUUCGAAAUGUUUAAUGGUGAUGAUGACUUGCAUGAUCACUUACAGAUGCGUCGUUUUAGUCCCGGAGGGCAGUCUUAG